AUGGACAAAUUCCUUUCCAACAGGUUUCAGACACUUGAAACAGUGUCAGGCUUGAAAGGAAUUAAAGCCUACAAAGCGCCCAAGGCGCAAAGCUUACAACAUUUCACGGAAACUACACCAAAAAAGAUGGGUAACUUUCAGGUAAGUGUCGCCAAACAUAUGUGCAAAUUAUGUGUCACUGACGACCACAAAUUGCAAAGUUGCCCAAAGUUCCGGAAGUUAAAGGUUACCGAUCGAAUCGCAUGCGUCAAGAGCAACAACUGUUGCUUGAACUGCCUGUCGUCAGGACAUACGGUGUCAAGAUGUAAGAGCUCGUAUAACUGCAGCACAUGUCACUCAAGACACAACACGCUCUUGCACAUUACAGCAGUUCAACCAAAAGCAGCAGCUCUUAAGGAAAGCAGAGAUCCCGCUGAUGACCUGCCCUCAACAUCCAAGGAGGCCCUAAAACGACUCGACUCUAAUGGGCCAAAGGAUAGCAGAACACAUAAUUUUAAAUCGUGCUAUUCCAAUACGGACAACGGGGUUCUACUAGGAACAGCCAUGGUGAAUAUAUUCCACAAUAAUGUUAAUUUUACAGCACGAGCUCUGAUCGAUUCUGGUUCUGAGUGUUCGUUCAUUACUGAACGACUCAAACGUAGAAUCAACCUGCCAUCUAAACGCUUGCAUGCCCAAGUCUCGGGCGUCAACAAUUCAAUAUCUGCGCAGGUAAGACAAGCGUGCUCCUUACAACUGCGGUCGUCUAUUGACCCUUAUGUAAAAAUAAACACAAUUGCGCUAGUUUUGCCGCAAUUAACUGGAAAUCUGCCAACUUGCCUAGUAAGCGCAAUGACAAGGCAAGCUUUUCCAGAUCUCACUUUGGCGGAUAAGAGGUUUUUCGUCAAUGAACCAGUGGACCUUGUCCUUGGCGGAGACAUUUAUCCCCAAAUUAUUUUAAGCGGCUUGAAGAAAAAUGUACUAAGUACACUUCUUGCCCAAGAGACUGUAUUCGGGUGGAUACUAACUGGUCGAGCCGAAACAGUCAGUCCACCAAACAAGAUAGUUUCUCUUUUCAGCGAAGUCACAUUAGAUUAUGGGGAAUUUGAUAAUAUCCGCAUACCUCGUUGGGUGCACUAUUCACCAGCAGACAACGCCGAAAUCCAUGGGUUCUGCGACGCUUCGGAAAAGGCAUACGCGGCUGCUGUCUACUUGCGUGUGAAGAAACAGGAUCAAGUAUACCUCAACCUACUCCUCGCGAAAACCAGGGUGGCACCUGUUAAGACGAUAUCCCUUCCACGUUUGGAAUUAUGUGGUGCCGUCCUAUUAGCGGAUAUUAUAGAAACUGUUACGGAAAAUCUAAGCCUAGCACACCUGGAUGUUCAUCUGUGGACAGAUUCGACAAUCGUCCUUGCAUGGAUUCGCAAACCGCCCUGCUCGUGGUCAACCUUUGUGGCACAUCGAGUAACCAAAAUAGUGGAAAAGGUAGGAAACAAUAACUGGCGUCAUGUGGACUCGGCAUCAAAUCCAGCAGACUUAGCAAGCAGAGGACUUCCGGCCAAGGAACUGGUUCACAAUUCUUUGUGGUGGCAGGGUCCUUCUUACCUACAAGAAGACAAAUCACGAUGGCCGACAUCAGAAUGCAACUAUGAAACAACGAUGGAAGAGAAAAAGGUAAAGGUAUAUUCAGCAACAACAAUCAAUUUCAGCGAUAUUCUCGACCGUUUUUCCAAUUUACCAAGGGCUUUGAGAGUUUUAUCAUAUAUUAUGAGAUUCUCUCAAAGAACCCACCCUAAUACAAAGAUUGAAUUUCAAGCAAAGUCUUGCUUUAUUUCACCUGAUGAAAUUAAAGCAACGACACAACGCUUAAUUAUAAACAGUCAAAAGCAAUAUUACGGUGGAGAAUACGCGAAAUUGAAACAAAAGAAAACAGUUGACACAAAAAGUGAGAUAUUGGCUCUCAAUCCAUUUCUCGACAAAGAUGACAUCAUGAGAGCAGGCGGUCGUCUGGGCGCUUCCCUCAACUUAUCAUAUAACGAACGUCAUCCUAUUAUCCUUCCAUACAAUAGCAGGUUAUCACGCCUUAUAACCAAAUUCAUUAACGAAAUAUCACUGCAUGGCGAAAAUCAGCUGAUGUUGCGUUUAAUUCGAACGCAGUACUGGAUUCCGCGAGUUAAAAAUAUGAUCCGAUCCAUCAUCCAUAAUUGUAAGAUCUGCAUGAUAAAAAGCGAUCGCAAACCCAACUCAUGGGAAUCCUUCCUCAGGUACGCACCACCUUUUCGCGUGCUUUCACCAAUACAGGUAUAG